AUGGCGUCAAGAACAACACCAUCAUCGUCAACAUCAACAUCAACAUCAACAUCAACAUCAACAACAACGCCAGUAUCUACAUCGAAUUUGUUGAUAAACGGUGAUGCAGAAACUGAAUCAUGUGAAGCUGCUAGCGGUGCCACGCCUCCAACAGGUUGGAGCUAUAAUGGAACAGCUACACAAGUAUAUUAUAACAAUACUUAUGCGGAUCAAGAUUUCACAGAUCCAGGACCAAGCAAUCGUGGGAAUUGUUAUUUUUAUGGUCAGAACACUGGAAAUAGUGCUAUGUGGCAAUAUGUCAACAUGACUAGUACGAUCAAUGCCGUUCUUAUCGAUAGUCAUACAGUUUAUUAUAAUUUCUCGGCAUGGCUUGGUGGCUGGCUAGGGGAUCCUGAUUAUGCUCAAGUAUCAUUAACAUUCUUCAAUCAAACCAAUCAGGCAGUGGGCAGCACCGUUACUCUGGGACCAGUAACACAUAAAGAUCGAGCAGACAUAACUUCACUGCUCUAUCGAGAAGCUGAUGGACUUGUACCUGUUGGUGCUCGUUCUUUUUUAGUGUCCGUUCGCAUCACCCGUAUCGCCGGACUCAUGGCGGAUGAUGAUGUAGAUAAUAUAGCAUUUUACUUACAUCAAUGA